AUGGAGGGGUCAAUGUCAUCAAACCCAAAUCUUGCACAUAUUCUGAACGAUAAACCGCCCGUAUCACCUUCGAAAUCACUGUCAUUUGCACCACUACUCAUCGAUAACAAUGAUCUAGACACCUCCAUUGCACCACCUGCGCAACAGGUUUCACCUUCCAUCCUGGAGCAACCAUCGACACCUCUAAGUAGAAACCCAUCUUUGAGGCAUUUAGGCGCAAGGAGAAGAUCCAGUUCCUUGUUACGACGAUCAAGUAGUUUCGGUGGUGCUCCCAUCGUCAUCAUUGAAACUAUCCCACCACCUGGUGAUGAGGCCAGUCCAUAUGAUUUCUUGUCUAGUAGUGGCUGGAGAUGGCUCAUUCUUAUAUUGUCGUGUCUGCUGCUCUUCGGGAACUACUAUGCAUAUGAUUUGAUUGCAGCUCUCAACAGACCGAUGCAAGAGUGGUUGGGAUCAGACUAUGAUACAUAUCAAUAUCAAUUGAAUCUUCUUUACUCGGUAUACUCCUUCCCAAACAUGUUCCUACCCUUUUUGGGAGGACAGCUAGUAGACAAGGUUGACUCAAAAAAGGUCUUGAUUCUCUUUUCAUUGUUUGUCUGUAUUGGACAGACAAUAUUCGCUAUCGGUGUAAGCUCUAGGCAGUUUGGAUUGAUGGUGUUGGGAAGAAUCUUGUUUGGUAUUGGUGGUGAAAGUAUAAGUGUCGUUCAGGCUAGCAUUACGACGUCAUGGUUCAAGGGAAAGGAGUUGGCUUUUGCUCUAGGAUUAAAUCUAUGUAUAGCAAGAUUCGGAUCUGUCGCGAAUUCUCUAGCUUCUCCAAGGAUUGAAGUCCUUACCAAUGUACCAACCGCAGUCUGGGCAGGAACCCUCAUGUGCUACUUGAGCUUUGGUGCUUCCAUGGCUCUAGUAUCUGUAAUCGCUCAUAAGUCGCCACCUAGUGAUACCAAUAAUACCAACCAAUCCACAUCACCAUCAACUUCAGAAGUCUCACGGCGACGACAAUCAAUGUCAUCACUACCGCCACAACAUAGAUUAAGCCGUGGUACGAGCUUAGCUGACCCAACAGUAACGACACCCCUACUUGCCAGACAACCAUCCAUAUAUGUAGAAACGACCAUUGCUGCAACUUGGUCGCGUGCUAUGGAGGACGUACGGCUACUACCAUUUACGUUUUGGCUGGUGUGUCUGAUAUGUGUCUUGCUAUAUGGCACGGUAGUUCCCUUUAAUAAUAUUGCAUCAGAUUUCUUACAAUCAAAAUGGUUUCCUGGCGAUACCGUCAUGGCUGGAAACGUUAUGUGUAUCCCAGAUACCAUGUCAGCAGUACUAGUACCGAUUUGUGGCAUACUAGUAGACAAGUAUGGUCGCAGGGCUUCAGUACUAGUUCUCUGCGCAUUGGUUAUUGCUGCCGUCCAUCUGAUACUAGGAUUAACGAUGAUAUACCCAGUAUUCCCGCUCAUAUUCUUGGGUCUGUCGUACUCAAUGUAUGGUGUAGCAAUAUGGCCAUCUAUUGCCACAAUCAUACAGCAUGAAGAAGAAAUGUAUGAUCAAUCUCAUCUCAAGGAACCCAAUCUUAAAUUACUUGGAACGGGAUAUGGCCUAAGCACGUCGGCACUCAACAUGGCAUUGACUGUAUUUCCUCUAGUAGCAGCUCAAGUGAGAGUUUGGGGAGGGAGUUUCUUGCCGGUUGAACUCUUCUUUGUAUCGUUAGCCGUAAUGGGAGCCAUAGCAUCAGCAGUUUUGUGGGCUGUUGAUAGUCGUAAUGGUGGUGUAUUAGAAAGGCCAGAGAUUAUUAUGGAGCACCAUGAAUCCGAUGAAGAGUCUGAGCCAUUGUUGGUUCACAUAACUGAUGACACUCCUGUAAAUAACAGAUUGAAAGGUCAUGCUUCGUCGGUGGGAGAUGGUCGCGGUGGUGGUCGACUGUUCAAACGUGGAACUUCACCUUCAGCUGCUGAUGCUGAUUCGGUACCUGGUAAUAGUGGUAAUAAUAGAGCAUGGUUGCAUCGUAACUCGUCGACUCCGAGAUUCACUUUGGAUCCAGAAGAGGAUGGAUGCAAUGAAGAAUCGUAA